AUGGCAGGGAAGGACAGCAGCAUGCAGGCGUUCGUGAUGGACUUCAUGCUCGGCGGCGUGUCUGGGGCAGUGUCCAAGACGCUGACUGCCCCGAUCGAGCGCGUGAAGCUCGUGGUGCAGACCCAGGACGCCAACCCGAAGAUCCGCAGCGGGGAGGUGCCCCGCUACACCGGCAUGGUCGACUGCGCCCAGCGCAUCAUGAAGGAGCAAGGCUUCAAGCGAUUCUGGGACGGCAACCUGACGAACUGCAUCCGCUACUUCCCGACCCAGGCCUUCAACCUGGCCUUCAAGGACACAUUCAAGAAGAUGUUCCCGAAGUACAACCCAAAGACCGAGUUUUGGCAGUUCUUCGGCGCCAACCUGGUGUCGGGUGGUUUGGCAGCCGCCGCCAGCAUGACCAUUGUGUACCCGCUGGACUAUGCCCGGACGCGCUUGGCUUCGGACGUGGGGUCCGGCAAGAAGACCUUCAGCGGACUGGGCGACUGCAUCGUGAAGACUGUGCAGGGCCCCGGUGGCUUCUUUGCCCUGUACACUGGCUUCGGCGUGUCUGUGUGCGGCAUCAUCGGCUACCGUGGCUUGCAGCUGGGUACCUUCGACACCAUCACAGGCCUGAACCCCUACAAGAAGGACAAGGGCAUCCUAGGAGCCGUCAGCACUUUCGCCGCGGCGCAGACGGCCAUCACCAUCGGUGCAGGUGCCACCUACCCCUUCGACACCGUUCGAAGACGCCUGCAGAUGCAGUCCGAGAAGCCUCCUGAGGAGCACCUCUACAAGGGCACUGCUGACUGCUUCAAGAAGAUUGCCGCCGAGGAGGGCUUGGUCGCCGGCCUCUACAAGGGAUUCCUGGCCAACGUCGUGCGCAGCGUGGGCGGCGCAUUGGUGCUGGUGCUCUACGACCGCGCCAAGAUGUACCUUAACCUCUGA